UCUGUCAUCUCGCGACAGAACGCGAGAUCGCCGAAGCUAGCAUGCGCUAGCCAGUUUUGUUCUGUCGUUUCAUAAUAAUCACUGCUUAUUCUCGCUAUGUCCGGAGCAACGAACGUUGAAUUUCCAGGGACAGGUCAGACCAGCUCCGGGUUCGCCGCCCAUCGGAAAAAAGACAGCAUUCCGUCCGCUUGGUUCUGGGAGAGUCCUGACAUAUUAGCUCAGCUGGAGCUAGUGCGCCAGUGGAUCGGGAAGUACUACAAAAAGUUUGUGUUGGUGGAUGCUCCAUCAUGUCAGGCACUGGCUGCUGUGACGCUGCAGCUCCUCCAGUUUCAAGAGGAUGCGUUCGGCAGACGAGUUCCAAAUCCUGCCCGCAACAAACUCCCCACACAGUGUUUCAUGGACUUGCGGCCGGGAGGUGGACUGUGUCACAUCCUCGGUUCAGCGUACAAGUUCAAAUCUGAGCAAGGCUGGCGAAGGUUUGACUUGCAAAAUCCAUCAAGGAGUGAAAGGAAUGUCGAAAUGUUUGAUAUGAUUGAAAGAACACUAUUACAGCAACACUGUUUGUCACAUCCGGUUGUUUAUCUGGACCCUUCGCUGGAUCAGGACCUGGCCAGCAGAAUUAGUGUUGUCGUUACAAAGCACCAGGGCACAGUUAGUAUGGACAGAAGCCUGGCAAGUCACCACAUAUAUCCAUCACUCUCAUCCACAGACGAAGAGGAAUGGAUUCGGCCUGUCAUGCGAAAACAAAACUAUAUCCUGGUGCAUUGGGGCAUGCACCCUGACAGUUAUGACAGCUGGGUGCCCUCGAGUGAUGUCAAUGGAGAUGUUCAGGAGCCUCCUCAGCCAGAGAAACCGUGGAGGGUCCACGCUGGUUAUGUUCUGGACACGGACGUUUUCAAUGAGUGGAUGAACGAAGAAGACUAUUGCGUGAAUGAAGGGAACGUGCCUGUUAUUUUUCGACAGCGCAUACACAUACGAGAAGACCAGGAUGUCAAGUCCACCCCCUUCAAAAAGAGAAGACGCUCUCCUUCUCCCUUGUCCUCUGAAGCUAGGAAGAAAGGAAAAAAGGGACGGCGACGUGGACAGCAGGAGGAGGAGCCAGAGGAGGACUUGACCAAAGAAAUGGAGGACCCCACGCCUGUUCCAAACAUGGAGGAGAUCACAUUACCCAAGAUUGUCAACUUUAAAAAGGACAGUGAGAAUACGCCUGUCAAAGGAGGGAUCAUGGCCGAUCUGGAUGACCAAGAAGACGAUUUUCCGGGAAGGGACGAUGAGGAGGGAAGAAUGGAGAUUCCUCGCCUAUUAGAGGGCGAGGAGAACAUCACUGAACAAACCCAUCACAUCAUAAUACCAAGUUACACAUCUUGGUUCAAUAACAACAGCAUCCACUCAAUCGAGAAGCGCGCCCUCCCUGAAUUCUUCAACGGAAAGAACAAGUCCAAAUCACCGGAAGUCUACCUGGCCUACCGUAAUUUCAUGGUCGACACGUACCGGCUGAACCCCCAGGAAUACCUCAGCUCGACAUCCUGCCGGCGGAAUCUCACCGGGGAUGUUUGUUCCAUUUUGAGGGUGCAUGCGUUUUUAGAACAGUGGGGUUUGAUUAACUACCAGGUGGACGCAGAGAGCAGACCACUCCCCAUGGGACCCCCACCCACUCCUCAUUUUAAUGUCCUGGCAGACACGCCCACUGGGCUGGCCCCUUUACAACACAAACCACUGCAGGUGACAUCAUCCCAGCACAUGUUGUGCUUCCCAGAGAAGAGCAGAGAGAAGCCUUUGGAUUGCCAGAAUUUCGGAUUGCGCAUGGAUGUUUACGCCAAGAAACACCCAAAGACAAAGGGCGCUUGUGCGGGACGGGAGUGGACAGAGCAAGAGACGCUUUUGUUGUUAGAGGCCUUGGAGGUCUACAGGGACGACUGGAAUAAAGUGUCCGAGCACGUGGGCUCAAGAACACAGGAUGACUGCAUCCUCCAUUUCCUCCGUCUGCCCAUAGAGGACCCGUAUCUCGAGGAUUCGUCCGCCUCCCUCGGCCCGCUGGCGUACCAGCCCGUUCCCUUCAGCCAAUCCGAGAACCCCGUGAUGAGCACGGUGGCCUUCCUGGCCUCGGUGGUGGAUCCGCGGGUGGCGUCAGCCGCCGCUAAGGCUGCGCUGGAGGAAUUUUCACAAGUCCAGGAAGAGUCUUUGAAUGAAAUGACGUGCAACCAACUGAAAUCAACUGACUCAACGGAUGCUUCACAAGUCCAGAUGAACAGCAGUUCCCAUCAGGUUGCCGUGAAUGCUGACGGGCUCCUGGUUGAAUCCAUAGUGCCCAAAGUUGAAGGAGUCAAAAGAGAGAAUGCAGAGGAAAGCGACAGAAUUCACAUCGGCAAUGAGGACGACGGCACGCAGCGUCAGGAGGGAGAAGGGGAUGAGGGGAGAGCGGCGAUGGAGCUGGAUCUUGUCGAGAGCACCGUUACCACGGCAGCAGCGGCCGCUUUGUCCUCUGCUGCAACAAAGGCGAAGCACUUGGCAGCAGUUGAGGAGAGAAAGAUCAAGUCUCUGGUGGCUUUGCUGGUGGAGACCCAAAUGAAGAAGCUUGAGAUCAAACUGAGACACUUUGAAGAAUUGGAGACCAUCAUGGACCGUGAGAAAGAGGCUUUGGAGCAGCAGCGGCAACAGCUUCUUACAGAGAGACAGUCCUUCCAUACUGAGCAGCUCAAACAGGCGGAGAUGAAGCUUCUCCAGCAGAGGGAGCAACAGGGACAGCCAGGAUUCACGAUGCAGCAGCAUUCCGGUCAGUCCGUGGCCAACCGGAUCACCCCGAGUGGAGGACAAAUGCAGGCGAUGGGCCCUCGCCACCCCGGAGCAUCCAAUGGCAUGUAUCCGUCCUCACAGGCCGAUGGCAUGACAGCAGCUCAGCCCGGCCUUCUGGCAUCGAGUCACAGUUGAGCGGACGGACGCGUUGAGCGUCCGUCAAACACGACACAAGUCGUGUGUGCUUGGUUCAAGGAUGACAGCAUUGAUGGUCAAAACCUGUCCGGUAGUCCCAUUUGUAGAACGCAUGCUGUGUGUGUGUGUGUGU